AUGUUCCGCAGGGGAGCCACCCAAGGCGUGAGCAAAUUUAAGAGACUCAUUCCAGCAAGGGGCGUGAAAACAUCUUCUAAACAUUUAACCUAUGAGCACUUCAUCUUCAACUUCGAUGAUGUAGAAAAUUUAAAAAAGUUAAAAGGAUUAAACACGAAACCAGAACGGCUGGUGGUACAAACACAAACGAAGAAGGACAGAUAUGAGCACAUUUCAGAUCAAAGUAAAUUAAAAAAAACAAGAAAAUUGCUCAUUUUGAUUCGCAGAAAAUUGAUAAACUAUGAACAGACCCCUCUGAAUAGAUUCUACUUCAUAUUCUAUAAAAAUGUGGACUGUCUCUCCGAGGCCGAAGUGAUCGAUUUGUUGUACUUGGCCGUGAGGAAUAGGAGGUAUUAUGCUCAGCAAGGGGAUUUAGAGAGCGCCUUCGACACUGAGGCUGGUGGGGUCUAUGCCGGGGGGAACAAUUCCAUCAUCGGGCAGGGAAGCCACCUUACUAGGAACAACGUACAAGACAUUUCUGAUCAUGUCUACACGAAUGUAGGUGAUGCGAAAGAUAUCGUCAUACAUAACUGGAAGAACCAGAACCACGGGGGGGAGAAUGAGAAAGCAAAUGAAGGCUGUGCACCAGGAGGAGAGGACCCCGAAUGGGGUGACGAUGCAAAUAAUGAUGAAAGUUCCCUUCUGAAAUGCAAAGAGGGGGGCUCCAUUGCACAGAAUGGGACUGCCAAUUGGGUGGUGGCUAUGGAUGAGGAUGGGAUUAAUGCCGCAGCAGAUCAUAAGUACACUGAAAAACGUACCAAUUUUAAGCGUCGAAAUGUCGAUUACGUGCUGAGGCUGCUGUCCUCAUUGAGGGACUCGCUAAGGGAAAGAAAAAUUGUCAUGGAAAACACGAUGACCUUGCUAGACGUUUAUAAAUUAUCCUACUGUUUGCGCCACUACAGAAUGGUAGAGGGGGAUAGUUACAUAGUUACGUAUAUAUGCGCUUUGCUAAAAAAAGAAAUCAGUCACAUAAAUCAGAACAGAAGCGGCUACGAAAUAAGAGACGAUGAGCAGCUGAACCUUCUGCUAAACGUCCUCAUCAUACAUCACAAAAAAUUGAAGGGACAUUUUUUUAACCUGCUAUACGACUACCUAUUUGCGGUGCUAAAAGGGGGUAUUUUCAGCCUGUCCUGCAAGAAUAUCUGCCUACUACUACAAGUGAAUAAUUUCGAGGUGAGUAAAUACGAUCCCUUUUUUCUUUCCCUACUUGGGGGAGAAGCAACCCCAUCCGUUACAGCGCCGAGCAACAUGGCACGCGAAAUGGUGAGCACUUCACAGACAUCCACCCCUCUAACCAUGGCCGACGUGAACUACCUGCUGUUUUACCAACUGAAGAACGACACAAUGAGGGGCACCCCCCGAUUUGACCUCCUCACAGACCACCUCGUCAACACACCCGAAAUGACUUCGCAAAAGGUUCAAAAUGUACACCUCCUAUCUUUACUACUGCUACGCUGUGACUACUCUAAAAAGUACGCCAGUGAAACGUACGAUAAUUUUGUGGAAAUAGUUUAUCAUAUGUAUUCUUACCUGAGGAAGAAUAUGAACAGCCUAUUAGGGAAUAAAAAAAAGAGAGAAAGCCUUUUGAAUGUGCGCUUUUUAAGAACCUUUUCGCUAGCUCUAUCUCUGAUAGGAAACAACUUCCAUGUGAAUGAUGAGUUGUGCCUGUUCGUACUUUACCUUGUAACCAAUCCGGAGCAGACACUAACCAUCCAGGACUACAUAGAUUUGUUAAAAAUUUCCCAUUUUUAUAACUUCCAAAGGGAGCUAUAUUUUAGCAGAAACGCUCUCUACUGUGAGGACAAGCCGUGCUUCUACAUCUGUGGUAGUGGUUGUGGAAACCAGCAGGGGUACCUCCCCCUCAACUGGGAACGAUUAUCAAGUUACAUUUACGAGUGUUUAAAGGUGAUAUAUUCCUUUGAGGAGGAAGGAAAAACUUGGAUCGACACCCAUGGGGGGGAUCUCAAGUGGGAAAGGCAGAUGGUGGGCAUGUCCAACGGGAUAAUGAUCAAAAAGGAACCGCAUGUGGAUUACCCACCCAAGGAAGACAUGACUAAACCUGCCGCACUUACAGAGGUACCGCCACCAAAUUGUAACCUCGAAACGUACCUUCUGGAAGGGCACCCAAAGGAUGGGCAACGCGGCACCGUUGAAAACGCCUUUAGAGUGAAACCACCCGCACAGUGCCUGAACAAGCAGAAGGUAACAAAGAAGAACAAAAGCUAUUACAUGCACAUUUUGGAUAUCCUACCAUCGAUGCAAAACGACUCAAGAGACAAAACUUUUUAUAAACACCUGCUGCGAUUAUUUCAAAGAGACGUGGGCCAUUUUAACCUACACGUCUUCGACUUAGACAAGAUCCUAUUCACGUAUAGUCUCCUCAACAUAAGAAAAGAGGACCUCCCCUUCAAUACUCUAAGCUUACUAGAAAGGGUGAAAGAAAACCUUAUAAGGAAGGAUAAUCUAUUCGAAAAAGAAAAGUACCUUCUUCAUUCUCUCUGCAACAUUCUUCUGACGGUAGCUGAAUUGAAUCUCCUUCCAAUCGUGGACAUAAAAAUUUUCGAGAAAAAGGUCCUUACGCAUAUCCAUUUAUUGAAUAUCGGUGCUAUUCUCACUCUGAUGCAGUGCUACAUUUUGAAGGGAGCAGGGACGAACGGGAUAAGUGCACACACUAACACAAUUGUGUUACUGGUUCUGCACUAUAUUAAGAGGAAGUACCUGCUCUCGAGGAAUGGUGCAGAUCGAGCUGAAAACCCAUUUGAGGAGCUAAAGGGGGAUGUGAAUUAUCCCACCAUUGAGCGUUAUCUACACCAAAGGGGUAAUCAGAAUGGGAAAUCCGCUUCCACGGGGGAAUAUCAAAUGGACGAAAAGUUCAGCCGGAAGGGAGACCCUUCCUGUGGUCCCAAAACCGAUGCAGUGGGGAAAGAAAGUUUUUUUUGUGCCCCCUUUGAAAAGAUAAAUGAAGACGAUUUGUACGAAUUUCUACUUCUAAGAUUUGUGUUCAUCCAUCUCGUCACCCAUACGAGCCUUUUUCACGAUAAUAUUAAAUAUCACCAUGGGGAGGGCAGGUACUACCGUGCCAUGGUCAAUAACCUUAACAGAAUUGUCCUUCACCUGAAGACUGAUUUCUCCGACAUGUUGUUGAUCGGUCUGACGGAUGGGGGCAACCCCAACGGUGGCAAUGACGUGCGGGAUCUCCAAGAAAGGAGACCCGUGGGUCGGCAAAAUAUCCGAAGGGACAGCGAAGAAGCAGAAGGGACGAUUCUAUCCAUCUGUGCAUCACACGGAGUAGAGAAUGAGCGCAUUGUAGCACCCCAAAACCAAAAUAACAUCCUUAGCCGAGAGAAUUUCCGCCUACUCACCAGUUACGUGACGUUCACCCUUAAGCAUGACCUGAACUUCCUCACGAAUGACCGGAUUUUCCACGAAACAGUUGCCAUGCAACAUUUCUUUGUCAAGAACUUCAAAAACUUGUACUACAAUUAUAAGUACUCAUUUGUCUAUCGCAAAUUAAUGCUUUCAUUAAUUUUUGAUAUGAGGAGAAAAAGUUCCAUUCGGAUGAACUGCCCUUUAAAUGCUCGGAAAAACAGCCCAAGUGACGUGGAAAAAAUGAACAUAAAUGAGUACACACAGAUAUUAAGGCUGUUUAGUUUACUUUGUGCAGAGGAGGGAAUGGAGGGAAACGCCUUUUACAGCUACUUAACACAAAACUGUGUGCAAGUGUCUACCUCGCAGCAACCCCAACAGUAUGACAUUAUACUGAAUCGCCACUUAAUUUACGACCUGAACAGAAGCGAAAUUGUCAGCGUUCAUUUGAAUGUCCCUUUUUUUAACUACAUUAUUCCGAUGAUCAUAGAAACGAAAGCCUUUUCCGUCGCUGUGCAGGUGAUUUUCACCCCCACGGAAAAUGUAGACACGUAUGCAACACUGUUCAACGUUAUGAGGGCGUUCUUAAAAAGUUAUAAUUAUGACGUGAUACUGAUGAAGAGAAGGGGAAAAACGUAA